AUUGGUAGAGAGAUAGAUAUUAACAGGACCGAGUGCGUGUGUGUGUGAGAGAGAGAAAGAUCGAGAGAGAUCGAGAGAGAUGGCGAUCCUUUAUGCUUUGGUAGCGAGAGGAUCUGUACUUCUGGCUGAAUUCAGCGGAACGGCGACAAACGCUAGUGCAAUCGCCAGACAGAUUCUUGAGAAGAUCCCCGGCGCCAAUGAUAUGAAUGUAUCUUAUUCUCAAGAUCGAUUCAUAUUCCACGUCAAACGCACCGAUGGCCUUACUGUUCUCUGUAUGGCCGAUGAAACCGCCGGAAGAAGGAUACCUUUUGCUUUUCUUGAGGAGAUUCAUCAAAGAUUUGUAAGAACAUAUGGCCGAGCUGUUCUUUCAGCACAUGCUUAUGCGAUGAAUGAUGAAUUCUCGAGAAUUUUGAGUCAGCAAAUGGAAUAUUUCUCUAAUGAUCCAAAUGCUGAUAGAAUAAACCGUCUUAAAGGCGAAAUGAGUCAGGUUCGCAAUGUGAUGAUUGAGAACAUUGAUAAAGUAUUGGAAAGAGGUGACAGGUUAGAGUUAUUGGUUGAUAAAACUGCUAAUAUGCAAGGAAAUACUUUUCGAUUUAGGAAGCAGGCUCGUCGUUUCAGAAGCUCAGUAUGGUGGAGAAAUGUCAAGCUAACGGUUGCUUUGAUAGUGCUACUGUUGGUGAUUGUUUAUGUUGUGUUUGCAUUCGUGUGUCAUGGCCCGUUAUUACCUUCCUGCAUUUGAAGUAAACGACAAGAGGUCGGCUUGAUUUCUAUCUCAUUCCUUUAAAUAUCAUGUGUGCUUUGAUUGUUUUGUGAAGACAUUUGUGUGAUAUUUAUAUCUUCUUGUAUAAUCUUAUUAUCUACAUGUUUCGUAAAUGUGGUCUUGUUCAAAUUGUGUGAGCAUCAAUCUCUUUGAAUUUUACUUUUGACAAGAUUGUUUUGGUGCGUGUAACAAGAACAAGAGAGGAAUGAAUGUAUCUUUUUCGUAUAAGCAAUUAUUAAUCUUUUGAUGUACAAAACCCUGUUCUAAAUCAUUAAUUGAUUGUGUUGAGCA